UUAAUAUUGAAAGAUAGUUAUGAUGCUUUCUUUUGGAUUAUUUUUAGUCCGAGACCAGACCAGAUCAGACCAGAUCAAACCAAACCAAAUAAGACCACACUUUUGUAAUUAUAAAAUACACAGAGACCAGACAUUUAUCAGAUCAAACCAGUUUAAAACAAACUAGAUCAAAUCAGACUAGAUCAGACCAGACCAACAAAUUUCAAUCCAAAAAAACUUUAUUCCCGUUUUUAAUCUUCCAUACCUAACAAUUUCCCAAAAAAAGCAACGCGUGUUGGAAACAAAAUUCCAAGUACGAAAGUAUGGACCUACUAAUAGAAAUUCGAGAAUAAAGUCUGGCUUGACAUUGCAGGUGAACGGAUUAACUAAAAUUAAACCAUGGAGAACCCUCCUCCUCUGCUCAUCCUCCUACCGGCGGCCUUCGCUACCGCUUUUCUUCUCUUCACCUUUAUCCAGAAAACUUCCCGGCGAAACAAAUAUGUGGGCCGAAAAGUGCCCGAAGCGGGCUUCGCAUGGCCCAUAAUCGGCCAUUUCCACCUCUUCGCCGCCAACAAACGGCCCACUCACCACAUCCUCUCCGACAUGGCCGACAAAUACGGCCCGAUAUUCCGUCUGAGGCUCGGCGCGCGUGAAGUCGUGGUCGUGAGCGACUCCCAGAUCGCCAAAGAAUGCUUCACCGUCAAUGACGCCGCUCUCGCGGGCCGGCCCGAGUCCAUUGCGGGCGAGCACUUCAGCUCCAACUACGCGGCUUUCGCGCUCGCCCCGGCCGGCCCGCUUUGGCGGGAAGUCCGCAAGGUCGUCGUACUCGAGCUGCUGUCCACGCGCCGUGAUGAAAACUUCAGCCCAAGAAAUCCACCGGAGCUGGCUGGCGGCCGGCAAGAAAGGGAAGUCCGGUGAGGUCGCCGUCACGCUCGACAUGAGCGAGUGGUACUGGAAAUUCGUCAUCGGAACGAUGUUCCAGGUACUCUUUGGGAAGCUGCACGAGGAAGAGUGGAGCCGGGCGGCGGCGACGGUGGACAGAUUUUUUAGCCUUUUGGGUGCGUCGGUGGUGGGUGAUUACCUGCCGUGGCUGAGAUGGAUGGACAUCGGAGGAUAUGAGAAGGCCAUAAAGGAGGCUGCGAAAGAGAUGGACAAUCUCAUGGAAGGCCUGCUUCAAGCACACAGGAGGGAAAAGGCUGGUAAAUCAAAGGAGGAAGAAGACUUCAUGGAUGCAAUGAUUACCCACUUUGAUUGCAACAUAGAAAUUGCAAAUGGAUUUGAUGCUGACACAGUUAUCAAAUCAUAUUUGGGAGCAAAUCUCACUUUCCUUUUUGAGUUGAGUUAGACCAUAUAAUGACUCAUCUUUAAGUUUCGUGAUAGACAUUAUUGGGAGCAGGUAGCGAUACAACUUUAACUUCAUUGACAUGGGCUUUGUCUUUGAUCUUGAAUAAUGAGAAUGUGUUGCAAAAGAUCCGAGAUGAGCUGGACAUGCAUGUUGGAAAGGAAAGGCUAGUCAAUGACUCUGACAUAAACAAUUUGACUUAUCUUCAAAAUGUGGUCAAAGAAACAUUACGUUUGUAUCCAGCACGACCCCUCUUAGUACCCCAUGAGGCUCAACAAGAUUGCACGAUAAACAACUACUGUGUCUACAAGGGCACACGUUUAUUGAUAAAUGCUUCAAAGAUCCAUCGUGACCCAAGCUAUUGGACGGUUCCCGAUACAUUCAAACCAGAGAGAUUCUUGACAAAUCAACACAAGGAAAUUGAUGUGAGAGGCAAACACUUUGAACUACUUCCCUUUGGAAGUGGAAGGAGAAUAUGUCAUGCGAUUUCUUUUGCGCUCGAAAGUGUGCAAUUAGGAUUGGCUAACAUUAUUCAGGGAUUUGAAGUGAGAAGACCUUCAAGUGACCUCAUUGACAUGUCUGAAGCUAUUGGACUAAGUGUCGCAAGGGUGACUCCCCUACAAGUUCUCAUCACUCCACAAUUGCCUUUUCAUCUCUACCUUUGACAAAGUUUCAUAGCCUACAAUAAUGAUAAAAUAAAUGAAAUUACUAAAAAUGGAGUACACCUAGUUUAGCAUGUGUAUUAAAUUUGUUUUUGUAUGAUAUGAUGUAAAAUAAGCAUUUGCGUCCAUGACAAUGUAAGCAUUGUGUGUAGUGUAAGUGAAUAAUCUAGGAAAAUCACAUUAGAAAGAAUAUAUGACCAUUAUAUUUGGUCUUUGAAUAUCUAUGUAUGACCUCAUUGAACCCGUAACAAGUUUGGGCCCAAAAAUAUGAACCGUUUUUUUUUUCAGGUAACGAAAAGAAUGUCUAUUCAUCUGCA